UUGAUGUAUUGGUUGAAGAGGUUGUAUGAUAUUGAUCCGCUCCGUAACAUGCGCCUCUACUCUCCCUCUGGGCCCCACAUUCCACCUCCACGAUUCCUUCCUUUUUCCCGUUUACCGGUUUUACCGGUAUUCUCUCUUCUCACCACCACCACCACCCACGAUUAAUUCCCUAUAAAACCACCCCUCCGUCCCCUACGUGCACCCAACACGAACGCCACCGGUCGCUCGCUCGGCUUCGAAACAGAGAAACCCAUCCCGAGGAACCUCAGCAUUUUCGUUUUCUCUCUCUCUGCUCGGCUCGCUACGGCGGGCUAAGUUUGUCAUUUUGAGAGGCUCUGCAGAGAGAGAGAGACCGAGCUUUUUGCUUUGUUUCUUUCAGUUUACUUCGAGUUUUCAGGAAGCUCAAGAUUGACAUAAGAGAAAAAAGAGAAAUGGCCGUUUCUAGGAUUUCUUCCGGAGUUGUGGCUGUUGUCGCCGUCUUUUUUGCCGUUAUAGUCUUACCUGCCGUUCAGGCUCAGUCCCUCGCUCCCGCUCCUGCCCCUACCAGUGACGGGACAUCCAUUGACCAAGGCAUUGCCUAUGUGCUGAUGUUGGUGGCGUUGGCGCUCACGUACCUGAUCCACGCUGCGGACCUGUUCUACAGCUUCUAAACUCGACACCAAUGGCAAUGGUAUUAUGAGGAAUUUAGAUAUGGAAGGAGUUUUCAGAGUAGGGCUUUCAAUGUGUGCGCGUGUGGAUGUGUUCUACCCUUUUCACUUGAUGGGUCUGGGUGUGUAUGUAGCGUUCUGACUUUUGACAAUUGGUGUUGGGAUCUUUGGCUCUUUCCGAAUUCAAAAAUUUAGUGGAACGAUCAAGAAUCACGUAAAAGUGAUUGAAUGUAGUAGAACUCUACUUGACGCCUGUCUCAUUCGUUCUCUUCCAUUUCUAAUAUGUGGAUUUUCAUGUUGUCACUGCG